GGCUCCGACCAAGGGAAAUUUGUUUUGUCAGCAGGAAAUUCCCCUGUUGAUCCAAAGGAGGAUAUGGGUGUCAAAACUUCGCAGGAUGCCAAAUUCUAUGGUCUUUCCCGGAAAUUCGAGAAGCCUUUCAGCAACCUCGGCAAGACAAUCGUCAUCCAAUUUACUGUAAAGCAUGAGCAGAAUAUUGACUGUGGAGGCGGUUAUAUUAAGUUGCUUGGCUCAGAUUUCGACCAAACUCAAUUUCAUGGAGAGACUCCAUAUAAAAUAAUGUUUGGUCCUGACAUCUGUGGCCUGUCGACGAAGAAGGUCCAUGUCAUAUUUAAUUAUGCUGGGAAGAACAAUCUUAUAAAGCAUGAGAUACGAUGCAAAGACGAUGAAUUGACUCAUUUAUACACCUUGAUAGUGCGUCCCGACAAUACCUACGAAGUCUUGAUUGACAAUGUAUCUGAAAGAAAAGGAAAUCUUGAAGAUGAUUGGGACAUGCUGCCUCCGAAAAUGAUUGAAGAUGAAAGCGUUAAGAAGCCAGACGACUGGGUUAAUGAACCCGAUAUGGAUGAUCCUGAGGACAAAAAGCCGGAAGAUUGGGAUAAGCCAAAGACUAUUCCUGAUCCCAAAGCUAAGAAGCCUGACGAUUGGGACGAUGAGAUGGAUGGAGAAUGGGAACCUCCGCAAAUAGAUAACCCAGAUUUCAAAGGUGAAUGGAUGCCGAAAAAGAUUCCAAAUCCUAAGUACUCUGGGCCCUGGGUACAGCCAAAGAAAACAAAUCCUAAUUAUAAACCUGAUCCAUUGCUAUACAAAUAUGACGAUAUUGCUGCUGUUGGUUUUGAUUUAUGGCAAGUUAAAUCUGGGACCAUCUUUGAUAACGUCCUCAUAACUGAUGAUGUGGAAAUUGCUAAACAAGAGGGUGAAAUGCUUUGGAGAUCGCGUCUAAAAGGCGAGGAAGAAAUCAAGAGGCUAAAGGAAGAAGAAGAUUCUAAGAAGCACGCCGAGGACAAAAUUAAGGAAGAAGAAGAGAAAGAUAUUGAGGGGAAAAUAUCUGAGAAGACUGAAGACAAGGAGCCCGAAAAGCAUGACGAACUUUAA